AUGUCUACAACAAGUGCUGGCGCUAAAUUUGUCAGCUUGCACAAUUAUCAAGGGCAGGCAAAAAGAAAGGACAAAUCACAGAAUAGUGUUGUUGAAGCAGAUAGCAAUAGUUCAGUUCAAAAUGAUUCCACUAACUCAAUUGAUCAUAGUGGAUACUAUACGGCAAAACAUGAUUCGCCAAUGCAUCCAAGCACAUCAGGGGAAGUAUACAAUCGUCGUCAAAUGCUAAGAAACAUAUAUUCCGCGAAACUGUCCGCUCCAGCAACAUCUACCACAUAUCGCCUUAAACCGCCAUCCUUCCCUCUCUUACCACUAAAACUGUUGGAAAAACGACCACUCCAUGUAUCAUCACAAUUCGAUCAAGGUAGAACGGCGCAGCAAGAACAAAUCGAUAAUUUGCGAGAAGAGCUAUACGGAAUAAAGCGAAAUCACGCUGCUAUGUUAAAAGAAAAUGUUGUAUUAAAAACGCGUUUAAAACGUUCAAGUAACGAAAUAGUAAAGAAAGAUCGUCAAUUGCAGAAUUUGUUGUUCAUUCAGUCUAAAGGUUCAUCCGUUGACCAGCGAGGAAACAUGCUAGCAAUGAAGCAGAAAAUUCUAAUGCUGGAAUCGCUUCUGAAAGAAAAGACCAACGAAAUAAGCAAAAUACGGGCUGAUGUGCGACGUUUCCCGAAAAGACAAAGAACAGUUACUGAAAGCGAUAGUGCUAGAAAACUGAAGGAAGCAGUCAACUUUCUGGAAAAAGAAAAUGAUAGGAUGCGUACAAAACUACAAAUUUUCUUUAGCUGCUCAAGUUGUUCACCUGAUGGUAAGCCUGAGUUAAAAUUUGAUGGGAUUGCACAUUAA